UUGGGAUCAACUUUUGCUUUCCGACAUAAGAUUUGGUAUUGUAUCUUUCUUUUUUUUUUCCUUAUUUUUUUUUUUAAGUUACUGAACUAAAUAAAGAAAUCCGUAAAAUAAAGAAAUCCGUAAAUAACUAUAUAUCGAGUAUUUUUUCUGUUAUGUAAUUCAUGAGGAAAAAAGUGAUGAAACCAAUCUCUGAUUUUACACCGAACGCGGUUUGAACAUGUAUCUUACGUCAACGUUUCACGCCAACUUGCGUACAGGAGCAAAUCGAAAUCAGAUUAUCACAGUUCAUCUUUAGUGGCUAACUGCUUAUCAAAGAGUGCUUUUUCCAGUUGUGAUUAAUUUUCGCUUUCUGACAUAGGAUUUGGAUUUAAACAUGUCAUCUAACCCUAGAAAAAGGAAAAUAGAUGAGGAGGGUCGUGUGUUUAAUGAGAGUUGGACUUUUGACUACUUUGUUAUUUCACAUGCCGACAGUGCAUUGUGUCUUAUAUGUCACGAAAGAAUAAAGACCUUAAAGACAUUUAAAAUCAAGAGACAUUAUGAAUCACAGCACAAGAAUUAUUUUUCACUUCAAGGUGAUGUGCGCUCAAACAAGAUAUCUUUGAAAAAAUCAGUGUCUGCUCAGCAGAAAGGAAAGCCACCUAUUGAUGGGGAAUUUGUUAAAGAGUGCAUGAUAAAAACGGUCAAAGAAAUAUGUCCAGAAAAGUUGUCACUCUUUCAAAAUGUAAGUUUGUCUGCUUCAACAGUCACAAAGCGUAAGGAAGAUUUAAGUGGAGAAGUGUUUUCAACAUUAUCCGAGAAAGAACACAGUUUUCAAUAUUUUUCUUUAGCUUUGGAUGAAAGCAAUGAUAUUUUGGAUACAGCACAACUUCUGAUUUUUAUUAGAGGUGUUGACAAAAACUUUCAGGUUGUAGAAGAUUUGUGUGCCCUUCGAAGUAUGAAAGAUACUACAACAUCGGAAAAUCUCUUUUUAGAAGUACAUCAGGCGGUAAAUAACCUUGAUUUAUGUUGGGCCAAGUUAAAAAGUGUAACCACUGAUGGAGCAAGAAACAUGGUUGGAAGUAAAACAGGGUUGCUCGAGAAAAUCUGCAAUGAAGUCGUUCAUGGUACCCCUCCUCUGAAGUUCCAUUGCAUUAUUCAUCAGCAGGUACUGUGCAGUAAGGUUUUGAAGAUAUCAUGAACGUUGUCGUAUCAACUGUGAAUUUCAUUAGACGUCAUGGUUUGAAUCAUAGACAGUUUCAGACACUUUUAUCUGAAAUAGAUUCUGAGUAUGUUGAUGUAUUGUACCAUACUGAAGUGAGGUGGCUCAGCAAAGGAAAAGUUCUCAGGCGUUUUUUUGCUCUUCGUCAUGAAAUUGAAAUAUUUCUUACUAAAAAAGGAAAGAUUCCAGAAGCAUUUUCAGAUUCAGACUGGGUUUUCUGCUUAGCUUUCUUAUCUGAUAUAACUGAUCAUUUGAAUAAUUUGAACUUAAGACUGCAAGGCAAUAGAAAAUUGGUAUCAGAUAUGCUUACUGAGGUGAAAGCAUUUGAAAAUAAACUAGAUAUUUUUAUGAAACAGUUCAGUGAUGAAAACUUUAUACAUUUUCUUUGUUGUAAAGUGUUGCAGAAUGAGGAAAGGGAUACUUCAACUACCUCAAAAGAAAAAUGUACAAAGGCAAUGGAACUUUUAAAAGAAGAAUUUGCAAAUAUAUUUAAGGACUUCCAUGAUCAUAAGCAGGAAAUUCAAAUGUUCAAAACCCUUUCAGUGUAUCACCAGAAGAUAUUCCGGGAAUUUAUCAAAUGCAAAUAAUUGAUUUGCAAGCCAAUGAUGCCCUGAAAACCGCGUUUCAAGACAAUAGCCUUUUGGAAUUUUAUUCCAGUCUACCAGAAGAAUAUUCUGACUUGAAAAAGUUUGCUGUUGGCAUGUUUUCAGUUUUCUGUAGUCCAUAUAUCCGUGAGCAAACAUUUUCAAAAAUGAAACUAGUAAAAUCAAAACUUAGAUAUAAGCUUACUGGUGAGCAUCUUCACCAAAUUUUGAGACUUUCUGUUACAAAAGUAGAAAUAGAUAUUGCUAAGCUUGCAAAUACGAUGCAGCAUUACGUUUCCCAUUAAAGAUAAGAUAUAUAGAAUUUUCAAUAACUCAUUAUUUUCUUGCACAAACUCUACAAUAAAACGAGCUACUAUUAAGACUUUUUAAUUUAUAGGAAUAAUACCUACGUAGCAAUAGCUGGCAUAAGAGUGUAAGACUCUUAACUUAAACUAAACUCAAAAGAUGAAUAAUAUACAAAUAAAUGUGAACUUUCUCCGAUAGUAAGGAUAAUUCUAAUAUGCG